AUGACUUUCUCUAUCGUUACUUCUUUCGCUUGCGAGCGUCCCACCCUGCCACCUUUACACACCCUCAAUUUACCUCACCUCACCCGGAAGCCUGCUUUUUCUUACGACUCUUACGAACCCCAGUCAUCAUGCCCACGACUUCACGUACCUCAGAAGUACCACCGCAGCUCCUCUACGAGCACAAUUGCAAGCACAUCAUCACCCUCGCAUUCACUGUCCUGUUCCCCGUUGUCAUUGCGUCCGUCUCGAUCCAAUUCUCCCAAUAUGGCAGCAUCCACAAUCACGACGCCCACACACACCAUGACGCGUAAACUUCGUCUUAUUCCCUGUUCGCUAGAAACAGCCGACGCUGUCAUCCUUGUCACGUCGCCUGAUGCGCCUUACAUCCCAUUAAAAGCGGGUAGUGACAAUCCAAAUCCAAACGCACUUCUACUUGUUGGCCCCGCGCUGGAAAAAUUCCGCCAUCCACAGCGCACGAUAACAAAAGGUGCGCGCGUGCAUCCAUAUCGGUUCGCGCAUACGCCCGGUUCCCGAAGAGGAUCGGAGGCCGCCAUGUGA